AUGGUGAACAGUCAAAGUUGUGGAUCAGCAGGUGGUCCAUCAAGUGGAAGCAGCUCAGCUCUCAGGACGUGUGCAGGAUGUGGGCUGAAGAUACUGGAGCGUUUCCUUCUUUACUCGAUGGAGCGCUAUUGGCACACUCCAUGCCUCAAAUGCUCAUGCUGCCAAGUCCAGCUGGCAGAGAUUGGCACUUCCUGCUACACCAAAAGUGGAAUGAUCCUUUGCAGAAAUGACUACAUCAGGUUGUUUGGAAAUGGCGGGGCUUGUCGGGCUUGUGGUCGGUCCAUCCCAUCAACAGAGCUGGUGAUGAGGGCUCGGGACAAUGUUUACCAUCUUGAGUGCUUUUCCUGUGCUACCUGCAGAAACAAGCUGGUGCCAGGUGACAGCUUCCGCUUCAUUGAUGGAACAAUCUUCUGUGAGCAGCACCAGCCUCCUGCCCGGCCUAGUGGGCCAGUCAACCCUCGGCUCCCAGACCACAAGGGAAAAAUAUUAGAGAAACUUAAGGGACUAAAAGACAUCAAAUUUGCAAGACCUGACCUGAUAGCCUACAUCCUCGGGUCUGAAAAGAGGAAGCUCCAGGAAUAG